AUGAACUCCAUUUCAAAUUUUUAUAUUAGGAAUGUAUUGAGUCUUUUGCUAAAUUAAGGUUUUGUAAUUUAAAUGCUCAUUUAAUUGUUUAUUAGUAAUUUUUUUAUUAUUUAAGUAAUAUCCACAUUUAUUUGCAAUGAUAAUGAAAAUGAUUUCCAAAAUCAGCUUUAGAUGAAUCUAUAAAAUUUAAAUUUAAAUUUUCUUAUUCAGCUCAUAAAUUUGAAAUCAAAUAGCUUAUAAAAGUAUUCAAUUGGAUAUUUUAUUUUUUUCAUUUAAUCUUGGCUUUUCUGUAUCUAUUUUAUUAAAAUAGUGCAUAAGAUUUGUUAUCUAAAGUAUUUUUAUGUUUAGCAUCAUUCUCAAAAUAGUAUAUUAUUUAUAGAAUGUAGAAUGUAUUUUCUUAUUUGACAUUAGUAGCUGCAGGUAUUUUUAUCACAUCUUCAUUAAAACGUGUCUUUUCAAGAGAAGAAUAUAAGUUGAAAUAGAAAUACAGGGCUGUUUACUGAUUGAAAUAACAUUUUUAGCUAUUUUUUGA